AUGGAUGAACAAUCUAAUCGGGAAACCCGCAUGACACCCGAAAAUCUACCCCCACCAAUAGUAACAAAAACAACAUUCACAACAGAAAAUCUCACAAUUUCAAGGGAAAUAACACAACAAUCAAUUAAAGUAUCAACUAGAACUACUCAUCGAAGACGAGAGUCCUCCAUUGCUAGGUUUUCAAUGACAGAGACAGAAGAAUCAUAUUCUAUUAUUUUUUACUUUAUUAUUCAAUGUGAUCUUAAAACGUUUGAUAUUAACUCAACGAAUUAUCAAGAAAAACAACCAGUUACAGAACUAGUAAACAAUAUUCUUAGCGAAAUUAGAAAAAAUGAUGAUCCUAACAAUUUUUUUAGAAAUUUUGGGAAAAAUUGGGCUGCGAAACUCAUUUCUCAGAUGUUUUCACAAUCAAACAGAUUUGAUCAACAAUCAAUUCUAACUUUAAAAGAAAUAAUCCAAAUAAUUUUUCAAAAUUUAGUUGAUUCUUCAUUUUAUUUACCGAACUUUUGUACUACACAAGAUAUACAAGCAUGUUACGAAGAUUUGUUCAGUCAAAUACAGAAUUUUACAAAAAAUUAUCAAAAUUCUAAUUUUAACAACAUGUUUUCAUCUUUUGAUAGCAUUACAUCAUUAUUUCAACAGAAUUUCGACAUAGAAAUACUAAUUUCCAAUCUAGAAGUGCUAAUUAAAGCUCGAGAUUCGUUAAAUUAUUCAAUUCCAAUUAUAGCAUCACAAGAGACCGACCAACAACCGAUAAAACUUUACAUAAGUAGUAGGAUACUUGCCCUGAUCGAUCAUAUCAUUUCUGAAGUCUAUUCUUACCCCAGAGGACCAUUUUCAGCCAAAGAUUACAAUUACGCGAUCAGAGAUGUUCUAUAUAAUCUCAACAACUAUGAAGAAUCACCGAGAUUCCCAAAAGAUCUUGUUUUCGACAAAAUAAAAAUUCAAAAUAUUAUUGAAACGGGAGACACGUCAGACAUCGAUAAAAUAUUCACAGAAAUACUAGAAAGAGUUGAUCAGAUCCAUAAGAAGUUCAAAACAGGAAAAAUUGCUCAAAAUGAAAUUUUAUUAAGAAGAUCAAUUCGACAUUGCCAAUGGAUUGGUCUAAGAGUUACAGAUACAACUCCUAUACUUGCUGACAAUGGAUUUAACAAUAUCCCGAGUUUUCCAGAUUUAGAUCAAAUUUAUCCAAUAGAAUUACAAAUAAUCGAUUUAGAUUCCAUCAUUCCAUCACCAAUAUCUCAAGUACAACCAAGUUCCAGGCUUCCUUUUAAUGAAUCUGUGAAUUAUAUCACGAAUACACUUGCUCCAUGCAGAGAUGGGCUUUUAUCCAUAGGCAACAACAUCUAUUCUAACAUUAUAUUCGCUUACCAAUGGAAAGAACCCCUUUACAACUCAGCAUCUUUGAUAAAUUUUUUAUAUCAGUCGGGCCAUGAUGUCAACGAAUACCUUUCUUUGUACGGCUGGAUUGUAAACUCAAUAAAAAUCAGGUUGUCAUCAGCGAAAGAAGAAAAAAAUCUGGAAAAUCGCUUUUCAUCACCAAUAUUACUCAUGAAACGGGUAAUGUCAUAUUCCUCACAGUUAUCUGCAUGUCUUUCGUCUAUAAUAUCACAGAAUCCAUCUAAUAUACAGUACUAUGUUGGUUGGAAACCAUUUUUUGACGAAACAUACUUUCUUUUUUCGAAAUUAGACGUUUUUCAAUUGUUUUCUCUCAUACAAGGCACUCUCCAGAACUUAGACUUAUUUGUUGUCAACGCCAAAAACAUUGACAAAGAAUUUCCAGGGUUAAAUGUAUCACUUUUAUCUCUUUCCCUUCAAUUUUCAAUGCAACAAUUGAAUCAAUUUAUUUUACAAAUAAAAAGUGACACAAAUCAAAGCAUUACAGAUCUAAUAGAAGAUUUCAAGCAGUUGAGGCAUUAUACGAAGAACACACAAACCAUAUUUUUACAGAAUUCCAACAAUUACUUUGUUUUGUAUUCUAUAUCUGAAUAUGUCUUGUUUUUCAGCAGAUUGAUACUCAGUUUGGAAGGAAUGAAUGAUUUGUCACAAACAACAGUCAAUUUAAUAAUAGAAAAACUUGAAAAAUUCUCUUUAGAAAUGUCAAAAAUUCCUUCAAUUUUGUUGUCAAUUUUUAACAAAAGUAACUGUCACUUUUUGAUACAAAAGAUAUAUUUAAUAUUAUAUAAAGUAAAACAGAUGAUUCCUCCAAAACCAAUGACACCAUGUGCAAAUCUAUUUCUACAAAUAGAAAACGCUUUGUCAGCUUUGAUUAUUUCAUGUCACAUGUCUGAAGAACAUGAUUAUUUUUUGUGUCAACGUGAAAAGAUACAAGAAAUGACUGUAAAAUACAAUAAAGUUGUCGAUGAAUCGGAAAAUGAUGGUCUCAUUAUAAGAAAUUUAAUAGAUCAUCUAAAUAAACUUGAAAAAGAUCCUUUACUAAAUAUUCAUGCCAAAAAAGUGACACAACUUUGUAGGGAAGUUUUAAAAAUUGUUUCUCCUUUGGAUGGAAUUCCCGUAUCCCCUUUGAUUGCAGCUGUUUCUUCUGAUGACAGAAUGUCCGAACAAAAGAAAAAAUUUAAAUUUGUCAAAUCACCAAAUAACCGCAAAAAACCGUUAAUUCAUUCAAUGGGAUCAUUAUCAUCCAUAGAAUUAGACACCAGGAAGCCUAUCCUCGUUGAUCCGAAUUCUCCUAUCAAGUACAAACCAUCAGGAAAACACGUUAAUUGGACAUUUAAGUGUCCGAACAGACCAACAACACCAAUUCAUUCUCCUUCUAUGAAUGAAAUUGAUUCUGAUUUGAUUCCUCCGCAAAUCCCUGCUUCCCCGUUCUUCGGAUGGUCCCUGAGACUCGUAAGUGAUAAUAUAGAAGUAAUUCCACCGCCUAUUGUCAAAUUCAACCGUUUACAUAAUUCAAAUUCUGAAAAAAGUGUCGAAUUUUUUGACUUCACUUUUCCUGAACCACAAACAAAAGAAUACAACUCGGAAGAUGAACAUUCAGUUGAUUCUUUAAGUCGACAAUUGUCUGAUAUUGAAAUGUCACCUUUAAUUGACCGUUUACUAUUUGCAGAACGACAUUUCAACCGUUUGAGGUCAGAAAUUCCUCAUGUUCUGACAAAUUCAAGCGGUUUGACAAGAAUUUUUGCCUUUUUCAAUAAAUUGAAAAGUGAACUGACAAAUCCUGACACUUUUACGACAUUUUCAGAAUUAGCGAGUGCUAUUGACUUCAAGACAGACUUAUUAGUCGCUGUUUUGGGUGAAUACAAAAUUCAUAACAAGAAAAGUGACAUAAUUGAUGUCAUUGAACGAUGGUUUUUUUAUUUGAUGAAGAACAUCAACUAUAUACAUAAUUUGGCGCAAAGUAAUGAUGAUACAGUGAUUUUGCAAGCUUCUGAUUUCUUUUACGGUUUCUAUCGUUCUCUAUCGGCCAUGACAAGAGUUGUUAAAGAUAUUGAUCAAAAUUUGAAUAGAAAUUGUUUAUCUAUCGUCCACACUUCACUUUUGCCACUUUGUUCGAAAUUAAAUGGAAUGUUACAGAUGACAGAAAUUCCAUUUGAAAUAAGAAGAAAUGAUUUGCAACUUUACAUUCAAAAAGUGACAAAUUUAAGUGAAAAAAGUAAUUUCACUUUUUCGGAAGAAAAUUAUUUGAAUUCACAAAUAAAUUCCAUACAAAACAGUGGACAAAAAGACAAAUUAAGUUACGAAAUACAUAAUAAAAUUUGUCUUAAUUUGGUCGACCAAUUAAAACGUGACACUUCAACAACAAAAGAAAAUUUAUACAGAUCAAUAGUUGUUUUGAGGUAUUCGAUAAGAAUUCUUAAAAUAAUAAAUAAGGUUAAUGACGAAACCGAUGAUUUUCUGAUAAAUCUUUUAAAAAGAAACAAAGACAAUCUAAAUGAAAUUUGUCUUUAUCUCAAUGAAAAAAGUGACACGAAUAACCUUAUUCCUUUAACACGUAUUAUUUCCAAAUGGAUUGAAUUUUUACACCAAAUUAUCAUUUCGCUUGAUUUCUGUGUGAAAACGACGAAAAACAUCAAAAGUUUUCCAGAAAGAUACCAUUUUAUUUCUGAUUAUAUUAUUUCUGUAAUUUCUUCUCUGAGUUUCCUUGAAAAUGAAAAAUUAAAUGGAAUUUUGGACCUCAAAAAAUCAUAUAAUACUUUGAUAAUUGGUUUGCAAGCAACAAGUGAUUAUUGCGACCAAUCUUUAGUAUCUAAUAACUCAAGUGAAGAUGAAAAUUCUGAUAGUGAAAGCGAAGUCUCCACGCCCGUAAAAAUGGACAACUACGAAACACUUCAAAAAAUUUCGCAGUUCGAUUUCGGGUUUUGCCAAAAUGGCUUAGAAAAAAACUUUACAAAUUUGUCAUGGCUGUCAGAUUUAUGCAAAACUCUUUCCGAGCACAAAAGACCUGACACGAAUCGCUGUUUCUCUAUUAUAGAAGCAACUUAUAAUUCAAUGAAGGGAAGUCCAUUUAGCUUACAUCAAAUUAAUCAAAUCACUUCACCUACUGAAUUUUCUCGGAAAAGAUUAAGUUAUUUUUGUUCUAUUUGCGCUGUUUUAGGACAAUUCUGCGAGAUAAACUCUGAGUUCUUGAAUGGAAAGAAGUUUUCAACAAGAAAACUCAAAAAACACUUAUCUUCUAUCAAACAAAUUUCUUUUGACAAAAAUUUGUCAGAAUUUGAUUUCAAAGAUUUUUUCAGAAAAAUCAGAAUUUCUAGAAAAAAUGAUACGAUCAAGUUCGAAGAUUUGCUUGAUAUAGAAGCUGAUUUCGUUCGGGUUUUCUAUCAUAACUCAAAGGAUUUGAUGAAUCACGUGGAAUUGCGAUUAAUCAAAGCAGAAAAAAGCGAAAUCACAAAAUUGAAAGAAAUUUUGAAUUUUUCUGAAAUUUCAAAUAAAAAGAAAGUCAAAAUUUCGGAAGUACAUAGGCGAUGCUGCCUAUUGAUAGACUAUUUCAGAUCUAAUAUAUCUGAAUACAGUUUUUCGACCCAUUCAGACAGAGAUUGUAUUAAAUUCAUAAUCGAGUUCGGUGAGAUGUCAAAUGAGCUGAAAAAUAUUUGUUCCAGGUUAACAGAGAACCAAUUGUUCGUUCAAUGUUUAACAAAUUUUGUUUUGAAUUUUCAUGGCUUCAUUUCUAAUUCAAUAAAAGUUCUUGAAAUAGGAACAACAUCGUUCUUUUCAUUUCCUAUUCAAGCAACUGUUGUCGACAAGUCAUUAAGGUCAUUGUCGACAAAAUUAAUUUUAUUGAAGCAAUUUGAUAUUCCAGAGUCACUGAAAUACGAAGAAUCUAUUGACGUGUUCUUGAGAUAUUCAAAACUGAUCAUGAAAAACGCUGAAAUGAUGAAAAGAAAAAGUCCAUUGUUCUCAAAUUUAUUUAUGACAGUUUCAAAUGGACUUCUUGCCGUGAAAAAUACAUCUGUAAUUACAUUAUCAAGAGCUUCCGAUUUUAAUUCUUUGAUUUCUUUGCUGUUUAUUGCCGAUGAUUUAAUUAAUUUCAUUUCCCCAAAAUGGGAUGCUCUUAUCGAAGAAAAUCUAUUUGAAUUGGCUUCUAACUCUCAGAAUAUACUGAAUAAUGCUGAAUUGUUCGCGAAAAAUUUUCCAUAUUGCAUUCAAAAAUCGGCGAAAAUCAAAUUAUCAAUCAAAAAGGCUAUUAAAAUGAUAUCUUUAUAUUCCGAGCCUUUAUAG